AUGCACGAAGACACCCCGAAAAACAGACUUCCCGCAUUUUUGGACCGGCAGAUUGGAAACUACGAGAUGCUGCUGCUGCAGCUAGUCACUCCGCUACUGCGACAAGAGCUUCACCGUGCUAUCAGAAUGCAGCGCAGAGCGCUCAAUGAUAUCAAACUGCAGAAAGAUCCCCAGUACCUCCAGGAGCUCGACACUGUACACCAGCGUAUCCAACAACAUUGGACAAAUGUCUUUGGCGAUCUAGCAUCACACGCGUCUCUCAUCGAAAACAUCGGAAAGUUUCAGGGCUUUGUGGCCGGGAAACUCCUCGAAGACUACACAGGAAAGCCCCACACCGCCAAGGUUUUUGACGUUGAUCAGGAUUUCCUGGUGGAUUGGCACGACGCUGCUGCGGAAGCCAGAGGCGGUUCUCAAGACGUGGGAGUUCACGAGGGCGAUAGUUCCGAGAACAGCGCCGCUAGCCAAGUCCGAGUCGGUGAUGAAUGUUUUGACAGCCGCCAGAACGAGCUCCUGCUGGAAGCAUAUAACCUCAACGUUCGGUUGAAAACAGACUUCGCAUGGUUGAAGAGCGAGGGUAUCGUCAAGGCGGUAAUGUACAGCACAUCAUUGACCAACGUGACUGGCCGAAGCUAG